GCCGGGUCUCGCCGGUCUUGACUCAGCAUGAAACAGCCAUGCCUGGCCGUGAAGGAGAAAACAAGCGGGCGCCGACCAGCCAAGCCGGGAGGCUAAGGGAAACGCACAAGGGGCAGGGCCCGUGUGCAGCGCCGAGUGCUACCAAAUCCGGCCCCAGCCUCCAGGGCAAGCCCCUGCCUAAAGAACUUGGCGCCGGAGGUGUGCACACGGGGAGAUCUAUCAUCAAUCUCUCGGCGCUGCCGCAUAAACGCCAUGGCGUCUCGCCAAGUCGGGUUGUCGCUGAGAUUCACAAUGGGAGGCGCAUAACAACGUGCCACGAACGCACCAUCAUGCGGGCUUCUUUUGAAAGACGAAACCGCUGGCCCCUCGUCCAUGGUCACGAGCUCGAGCUCUUGGUCGAGAGGGCGUUUUGUUGCUUUGGCCGCGUUGGCGUUGCUUGACGGGCGUCAAGCCCCAUCGGGCAUUGGUCAGCAGCAACAACCUUCCCUCCCGCAUCAGACGAAACAACCACCUUGCCCGCCGCCACAAGCCGUUGGAUGCAUGCUCUGUCCAACAGCCGACGUUGCUGCUUCGUACUGGUAUCACAUUUGAGUUGAGCUCGACGUCGACAUCCCAGUUGAUACGCAGCCGCGCGAUGCGUCGUGCGGGCGCUGGCGGCGGCCGCAUCCCAUCGCCUGCAGGGUAAGCGACUGGCUCCUGGUCGAAGCCCAGAUGCGUGCGACAUUUGCAGGAAAAGAAAAAGCAAAAAGAGAAAGAUCCUGUAGCGCGACAGCCCGACAAGUAUCGUGAGCAUCUUGGUUCCGUGGCAGGCUGGCUCCAUUGUAUGGAACCCGUCGCAGCGAGGUACUUGCAAGGUCGACCGCCCGAGGCAGCACGGCCCGUCGCUGCUUGGCUUCCGGAUGGCGUCAUUCCCGGGUUGGGAUGUCAACAUCUAUGGGGCCCUGCACUUUGCCUGCCCUGCCGUGUCGUUCCUAGGACGCUGAAAUUCAGCUCAAAUAAGACGUCUGCGCUAUUGAAAUCACGACAAACAGCCACACCCUUACUAUUACCGAGCACCCGUGGACGGAUUUGCGCUGAGCUCGCUUUGCUUGCUCCGGAUCUACCAUCCCGAAUGGUGAUGAUGGGUCUGGGCCAUGCUGAUCGACCCAACUACUUCUGAAACUCGCAUGGUGGUUGGCGACCCAGCAUGCUCCAGCUUUUCUUCUCCGUAAACCUCUCCAAAAAAACUGCACCAAAAAAUUAUUACGGUGAAGCCGGUAGGGUUUGUCCGUACGCGUAGGUUGAUGCCCCGUUGUCGCUGCCCUUGAGUCGUCUUCUCGUUUCAACCCAAGAGCUCCCCCCAAAUUGAGGCCAAGUCGAUGAGCUUCUCAGUGGCACAUGCGCGACACCUUCCCUUUCCACGUGCGGCUGCAUUUGUCGCGACAGGCGGCUGUGGCUGAACCCACGCGACUACUAAUCCCCCCCCCAAAGUCCCCUCCCCCCGCGCGCAUCAGGUUUGGUACUUACUGAGAUGGUGGAGGGGGGGGGGGGGCGAAUCUGUGACCGAGGGAGGAGGAACUAAGCAACCCACCCAUGCCCACAAAGCUCUGGGGGCGACGCACGUCAUGCCCCAGUUGGUUGGCUGCUCGGCUCCGCCUAUGAUUUCAAAGGCUAGCUCCCAUCUUUAGUCGGGAGCACGCAAUUUGGUGGCUAUCUUGACCAAGCGAUCGACCCGCCUUUCGAGAUGGCUGCCGUGUGUGUCCUUGUGCGUGUGUUGGACCGUUCUGGUGCAUGCCGCGGAGGCGUCACAAACGGGACGAAAAAAAAAAGAGAGUUGAAUUGAAGGAGCGAACCUCGACGGGAAAGCCCUUUUCUGCAUCUCACAUAAGACCUGCCUGCAGUCUUCUUCCCCCCCAUUUCCAAAACUUGCACAGAGAUGGAGCAGACCUUCGUUUAGUGUUGCAUCCCGUCGUCCCAAGUCGUCGCCCCCUUUGCGUUCCUGGAGGUCCGCUGAUCGCCGCAUCGGCUUGUGUGUCUGUGUGUGUGUGCCGCGCCUGUCUUGAGUCUGUGUAUCAGACAGUCUCUCGCCGAGACGAGAGACAUUGACGGCCGACCGCUCACGGUUGCACAACUCCCUUCGCCCCGCCCCGCCGCCAAAAGAUGGCCAGCAAAACCAAAGACCGGCUGGCGAAGCUGUUUGGUGACGACAAGUAUGACGGCGACGACGACAUUCCCUCGAUAUCCAACGCCGACAUCUUCAUUGAGCGCGAGCCCACCAUCCAGGAGUUCUUUGCCGAGCUGACGCCUUCGUUACACGAUGUCGGCCGCUACAUCUACAACCUCUUUCCCUUUAUUCACUGGAUCGGCAAGUACAACUUGCAAUGGUUCAUCGGAGACCUCAUUGCCGGCACGACCGUUGGUGCCGUCGUUGUGCCCCAGGGCAUGGCGUACGCCCAGCUGGCCCAACUUGACGUCGAAUAUGGCCUGUACUCGUCGUUCAUGGGCGUCCUGAUCUACUGGUUCUUUGCCACCUCCAAGGACAUCACCAUCGGCCCCGUCGCCGUCAUGUCCCAGGUCACCGGCAACGUCGUGCUCAAGGCCCGCGACACACUUCCGAAUGUCGAGGGCCACGUCAUCGCCUCGGCCCUUGCCAUCAUUACCGGAGCCAUCAUCGUCUUCCUUGGUCUCGCCCGCCUCGGCUGGCUCGUCGAGUUCAUCCCGCUGCCCGCCAUCUGCGCCUUCAUGACGGGCUCGGCAAUCAACAUCCUGUCCGGCCAGGUCUGCAAGCUCAUGGGCAUCAGCGACAUCAACACCCGCGACGCGCCCUAUAUGGUCAUCAUCAACACCCUCAAGGGUCUACCCAGAACGAAGCUCGAUGCCGCCCUCGGCCUGACGGCGUUGACAAUGCUGUACCUAAUCCGCGGCACAUGCUCGUACAUGGCCAAGCGCCAGCCCCAUCGCUCCAAGACGUACUUUUUCAUCUCGACGCUGCGCACCGUCUUCGUCAUUCUGCUGUACACGGCCAUCAGCGCAGGUAUGAAUGUCAGCCACAAGAACAAGCCCUCCAUCAGCAUCAUCAAGAACGUGCCCCGAGGCUUCAAGCAUGCGGGUGUGCCUGUGAUCAACACGGAAAUCAUUCAGGCCUUCGCCUCGGAACUCCCGGCGGCCGUCAUCGUCAUGCUCAUUGAGCACAUCUCCAUCUCCAAGUCGUUUGGCCGCAUCAACAACUACGUCAUCGACCCGUCGCAAGAGCUCGUCGCCAUCGGUGUCACUAAUCUGCUGGGGCCUUUCCUUGGCGCGUAUCCUGCCACGGGCUCCUUUUCCCGCACCGCCAUCAAGUCCAAGGCCGGCGUCCGGACGCCAUUCGCGGGUGUCAUCACGGCCAUUGUCGUGCUCCUUGCCCUCUACGCGCUGACCGCGGUCUUUUGGUACAUCCCCAACGCGGCCCUCGCCGCCGUGAUCAUCCAUGCCGUGGGCGAUGUCAUCACGCCACCGCGCGUCGUCUACCAGUUCUGGCGCGUGUCGCCGCUCGAGGUUCCCAUCUUCUUUGCUGGCGUUCUCGUGACCAUCUUCAGCACUAUCGAGAACGGCAUCUACACGACAAUUGCUGUUUCCUUUGCCGUCGUCAUCUGGAGGAUGUUCCUCAGCCGCGGCCGGCUUUUGGGUCUGGCCCGUAUCCGCACCGUCAAGGCGUCGACCAACGGCAAGCUGGGCCCAGGUUCCAGCGACGAGGCCGUCGCUGAGGAGGCUGACUUGUCGGUGCGGACCGGGUUCCUGCCCCUCGAUCACGAGGACGGAUCGAAUCCGCGCGUCGUGGUGCAAAGUCCGCACCCAGGUGUCUUCAUCUAUCGCUUCGCUGAGGGCUUCAACUACCCCAACUCUUCGCGGUACCUGACCCACCUGACGGACGUCGUCUUCAGGGAGACGCGGCGGACGGACCCGGCAAGUCUGGGCAAGCUCGGUGACCGGCCUUGGAACUACGUUGGCCCGAGGAACCAAAAGGACCUCGACCUGGACACGCGACCGACGCUCAAGGCCAUCAUCCUGGACUUUUCGUCCGUUAACAACAUCGACGUGACGGCGGCGCAGGCGCUUAUCGACGUGCGCAACCAGCUGGACCGCUACGCGGCGCCAGACACGGUCAACUGGCACUUUGCCAAUAUCGAGAACCGGUGGACCAAGCGGGCGCUUGCGGCGGCGGGCUUCGGAUUCCGGACGCCCAAGCCGGGGCCGGGCGAGCACACGGGCCACUGGAAGCGAAUCUUUAGCAUCGCGGACCUGUAUCGGGCCGACACGGAGGAUACCAUCGAGGGCAAGACGGCGGGCGACGGGCCCAUCGUGUAUGACAUCGAACAGGACCCAGCGUCGGAUAUCUCGCGGGCGUCAGACAAGGACGUUCCGCGCGACCCGGGCAGCGCCCGGCUGGUGGCCGUGCAAGGUCUCAACAGGCCGUUUUUCCAUUUCGAUCUCCAGGAGGCGGUCGAUGCGGCGCUCUUGCAUGUGGGCGAGCGCGAGGACUGAUUUCGAGCGAGUUCUUUUUUCUUUCUUGUUUCUCUUGAGCGGCGAGACUUGGGGACUGGUACGAAGUACAGUAUAUACCAUCGACGACGGUGAAUACAGAAAGCAUGUGAGGGCCACUGUAAAGGCCAGCCAGUUUUGGCAACCAG